UAAAGUCUACGUGGCCCGAUUGUACGGACAGAGAUUCGCCUGAUCUUGGAUAGCGCGCAUAAACAUGAAGACCCUUAUCGUCUUAUCGUGCCUCUCGUUGUCGACGCUGGCUUUGCCGACGUACGCGCCUUAUCAGCCGUACGUUAAUGGGGUACAUGGCGGAGGAUAUUAUCACGGACCAGCGGCCCCGCUGGCCCAUGACGGUCGGGUGGUUGACACACCGGAAGUGGCUCAUGCCAAAAAGGCACAUCUAGCAGCGCACGCAGCGGAAGCUGCCAAAACGGGAUAUUAUGGGGGAGGUUAUGGGGGAGGAUAUUACGGGGGCGGAGACGGAGGUUACUAUGACGGAGGUUUUGCAGGAUACAAGGGCAUAAUUGCUCCCGCGGGCGGUCACGGUUACUCCGGAUACCAUGGCAAAUAUCACGGUCCACCAGCACCGCUCGGCCACGAUGGACAAGUAGUGGAUACGCCGGAAGUGGCCCAUGCCAAGGCCGCGCAUCUCACCGCCCACGCUCACGAAUUGUCCAAGGUCGCUCAUCUAUCGUACGCGCACACCUAUCCGCACGUCUCAUAUUGAAUACCUUUAUCGUGAAACAUACGUUUUCCGGAAGGACCUAAUUCCUUAUCUGCAUUAUUAGCGUAAAAGCAGCGACUUCAAAGGAUUAAGUGACAACACGUCUUUUUACGUUCACGCUGGUGAAUAUGCAGCUUGGAUGAACGUAAAUAUUUUGUAUUCGCACGACAUAAAUAUGUAACGAUACAAUAAUAAAAAAAAUGUAACAUGUGAAUAAAUAAUUUUAUAUCAGAAAUUUUCUUCUUGUAUUUUGCGU